UGAUUUUUUUCUGGCAAAUCAAAACAUCAUUGUCAAAGUGCGUCUGAAAAAAAUGUGUGCGAUAAUUCGAUCAUUGCGUAAAACAUAACGAUAGAACGUACAUCAACAACAAAACUGUUCGUUUAUACUUCCAAUGAACUUUCUGCUGCUGCUGCUGUCUAGCUUUGCCUGCUGACAAUAUUUUCCAUGAUAGAGACUUGUCUGAAAUGUCAAAAAAAAUAUAAACGUAAUACACAUACUUCAUAAUAGUUGAACAUUAAAUUAGCUACCAUUCGAAAUGAGAAAAACACAUACAAACACAUAGAGAGAGAGAAAAGCAUAGCGAGUGUGAAGUGAAUAAGCGAAAAAAAUAAUAAUCAAAAACUAGUAGUGAAGCGAAGAAAAUUCAGAAAAGUCAAGAAAACGACUCUCGUCAGUGCACAAAAAUUUGGAUCAAACUCAAUAAACAAAAAAAAAGAAGAAAUAAUCUCGCGGUGACAGAUGCAAAUGCAUGAACACACAGUGAAUAAACAAGAGAAAAAAAGUGUUUGUAUGAAUAUAUAAAAUAGACGGAAGACAAGGGGACGACUGAAAUUCAAUGUAGUUCGGAAUGCUUUUGAAGUCGAUUCGAAUUGGCUAGUGUCCGAGAAAAGCGCGGUGUUUGUGUGCGUUUGAUUUUUCUUACUGUGAUUUUUGUUUUGUCAUGAAAAUCUAAUGGAAAUUUUAAAAUUCAAAACCAUAUAGUUUUCGCGGAAUAGAAUUGAUUGAAAAAAACGCACCGAAUCAAAGGCAAAUAAGCCGCGCAAUUAUUUCAAGUGCUUGAUAUUGUUCUGUGAUCGUGACAAUAAUGGAUGUAAUUGCCAGUGUUGAAAAAGUUAAUUUGUAAUUAAAUUCGUAGCGAAGAUAGAAGUUUGUUUUUUGUUUCAAGAUAUACACAGUUUUUGAAAACGCGCUUCAAUUCGCUCAAAAGGAAUCAUUGCAGUCGCAGCUUUUUAUGUCGUAUUUAUAAUUUUUCUUCGUUAUUUUAGUUUCAUUCUUCUUCCAUUUUAUUUUUCGGUUGAAAAAAUUUUUUGAAAUUUUUUUUUAUUUUGUGUGACAGUGAAGAAGAUAGAGAAGAAAAUUCCGACUUCCGUUUUUUAUGUGCCUCAUAUUAUUAUUCUUUUUAUUCGUUGAAACCACUUAAUUUAUGUGCCAGAUCAACGAAAACCGCAGAUUCGUUUUAAUCAACAUUUUUUUGUGAACAAAGCUUUUUAUUUUAUUUGCCUAACAAAAUAUCUUAAAAGUGCGACAAAAUACAUCAUAAGCUGAUUUUACUUAUUCCACAUCGUGCUUCUACUGCUGUUGCUAUCGGAUUAAAACGUCAACAUGGCUUGGACAGAGAAAGUCGACCCAGAGCUGAUUUUUACGAAACAAGAGCGAAUCGGAAAAGGUUCAUUCGGUGAAGUGUUUAAAGGAAUCGACAAUCGAACGCAGCAGGUGGUAGCCAUUAAAAUCAUUGAUUUGGAAGAAGCUGAAGAUGAAAUCGAAGAUAUACAACAGGAAAUUAUGGUACUGUCACAGUGUGACUCACCGUUUGUUACAAAAUACUUUGGGUCUUUCCUUAAGGGUACGAAACUAUGGAUUAUUAUGGAGUAUUUGGGCGGUGGAUCAGCGUUAGAUUUAAUGAAAGCUGGUUCAUUCGAAGAGAUGCAUAUUGCCAUUAUAUUGCGUGAAGUUCUCAAAGGUUUAGAUUAUCUGCACUCGGAACGUAAAUUACACAGAGAUAUAAAGGCUGCCAAUGUAUUGCUCAGUGAAAUGGGUGACGUAAAAUUGGCCGAUUUUGGUGUGGCCGGUCAAUUGACAAAUACAACAUCCAAACGAAAUACAUUUGUUGGAACGCCAUUUUGGAUGGCGCCCGAAGUAAUCAAACAAUCAAUGUACGAUUCAAAAGCCGAUAUCUGGUCACUGGGAAUAACGGCCAUUGAAUUGGCCAAAGGUGAACCGCCCAAUUCGGAAUUACAUCCAAUGCGUGUACUGUUUUUAAUCCCAAAAAACAAUCCACCACAACUUACUGGCAACUAUACAAAGUCAUUCAAGGAAUUUGUUGAAGCUUGUUUGAACAAAGAACCGGAAAAUCGGCCGACAGCUAAAGAGCUUCUCAAGUUUCAAUUCAUUAAGAAAGCCAAAAAGAAUUCGUACCUCAUCGAUUUGAUCGAUCGAUAUAAAAAGUGGAAAACACAAAAAGGCGAAGAGAGUGAAACUGAAUCGGAAAAUUCAGACUCAGAGGAAUCAAAGCCAGACAGUGACUUAGAUGAGCCAUGGAUAAUGACCGUGAAGGGAAACAAUUUCAAUAAUUCAAAUAAACAGGGCGCUGCCAUAUUGAGCGGUGAUGAGGCAAUUUUAUCAACAUCGCCAUAUAAACAUAACGGUUCAAGUAAUUCGUUAACUAGGGAUUCAAAUCUAAAUCAUUACAAAGUUAAUCAGCAGUCAAGGCCUUCAACAACAACAUCAACAGCAACAACAAUUACAACCAAUGCCGUAUCGCAUGCGAUAUCGAUAGAAAAUCAUGACAAUAGCAAGGAACGUGAUCUGUCACAGUCUCCAAACCACUCGAAAUCGAUUCCAUUGUCACCGCAAAAGGAGAAAGAAAAGCACAUUGAACGACAUAGGAAGGAUGACGAUGACGGAUGGGAAUACGACACGAAGGAAAAAGAGCGAGAUGAACGAGAGCGUGAACGCGAAAAGGAGCGUGAACAACGGGAAAGAGAACGAGAAAGAGAGCGUGAAAGAGAACGAGAACGUGAACGAGAAUCACGCUCCGAAAUUUUGCGCGAGAAAAAACAACAGCAGGCUGAGCAACCAUCGUCAAAUAGCGAUGAACGACGAUCGUCGAGUUUGCGACGCGAAAAUCGUGACAGUGUCAAGGAAAUUUCUCAAAAUGGUAACAAUGGAAAUGUAUCGUCUAGCAAGAGUAUCACAAAUAUUGCACCGUCAACACCACAGAAAACUGGUCGUAUGUCGAAUGGAAACAUGAGCAGUGGCAAUGUGAACAGUGUCAUAUUUCCGCUUCUGUCGGAUAUUCAAAAGAAAUAUCAUUAUUCUGGUAAAAAUGCAUCGGCAGUGGAUAUAAUCGAUUUGCAGAGUGCAUUUGAAAUGGCCGAACGAAGCUGUCCAGGCAUUAGUGAUUUAUUCGUAAAAGAAAUUAUUCACAAAUUAAUACCUGGCUAUAGUGAAACUCGAAUAAAUACGCUUAUUGAGAAAGUUUUGCGGAAAAAUCUACAAAGAAGCAACACUAAUAUCUAGGCGAAAACAAUUUUUUUCCUUGUUUGAAAAUUCUAUUUAUCUUCGUUUUUGUUUGAAAUUGUUGUGUAUUAUAGCGAAACAGAGAGAAGAAGAAGAAGAAGAAAAAGUGAAGUGCAGCAACAUCCGUCGUGUAUCCUUAGAUAUCUUCAACAGAAUCAACGUUCACAACUCCCAAAAAGUCAAUAGAUUUAUUAUUAUAUCGUUUUAUUCAAAUUGAGUAGAGUCGAUUUGGGAGGCCUUUUCAUUCUUCGAACGAAAAACAGUGCCCAAAUCAGUACAUGUGCAAAAUCGAUAGAAUAUUUUCCUAAUGCGAUACAAUAAAAAACAAAACAAACAAAAAUACGCAUUGAACAUAGCAAAGAAGAACUGUAACAGAGCAGAAAUGGCAAAAAAACUGGUUAUUUUUUUAAAUUGACUUAACACGAUAAAUAGCGUGUAGAAAUUUACAAAUCACACUUGACAUUUGAAUUUAAAAUAAUAAUAAUAAUAAAAAAAACAAAUAGACAUCCAAAAAUGAAAAACUU